CGGGCCGGCACCAUGGCCAAGUACAGCGUGCGAGUGUCCACUGGGGAGGCCAUCGGGGCUGGCACGUGGAACAAAAUAGCUAUCAGCGUCGUGGGGACUCGGGGAGAGACCCCCCCACUGCGCCUGGACCACCUGGGCAAGGAGUUCAGCGCGGGCGCCGUGGAGGAGUUCGAGGUGGAGUCCCCCCAGGACGUGGGCGAGGUGCUGCUGCUGCGCGUGCACAAGGCGCCCCUGCUGCUGCCCGCCCCGAUCGGGCCCCUGGGCCGGGACGCCUGGUUCUGUCGCUGGUUCCAGCUCACGCCGCCACGGGGCGUCCCCCUGCGCUUCCCCUGCUACCAGUGGCUGGACGGCGAGGGGAGCCUGGCUCUGCGCGCUGGGCCGGCCAAGGUCUCCGGGGCAGACGACCACCCCACCCUCCAGCAACAGCGCCAGGAAGAGCUGCAGGCCAGGCAGGACUCCUACCACUGGAAGACUUACAGCCCAGGCUGGCCUCGCUGCCUUAAUGAGAAGUCUGUGAAAGAUCUGGAUCUCAACAUCAAAUACUCUGUAAUGAAGAAUUCCUGCUUUUUCCUGAAAGUCAGCUCUGCGUUUACGGAGCUAAAACUCAAGGGGCUGCUAGACCGCAAGGGACCCUGGGAGAGUCUGGAUGAGAUGCAGACUAUGUUGAACUUCCGGAAGACUCCGGCCGCUGAGUACGUGGUUGAACACUGGCAGGAGGACGCCUUCUUCGCCUCCCAGUUCCUGAAUGGCCACAACCCUGUCCUGAUCCGCCGCUGUCGCCACCUCCCAAAGAACUUCCCCGUCACUGAGGACAUGGUGGCCCCUGUGCUGGGCCCUGAGACCAGUCUGCAGGCUGAGCUGGAGAGGGGCUCCGUGUUCCUGGUGGAUCAUGGCAUCCUCUCUGGCAUCCAUGGCAACGUCGUGAAUGGGCGGCCCCAGUUCUCCGCGGCCCCGAUGACCCUGCUGUACCAGCGCCCCAGGGGAGGGCCGCUGCUGCCCCUCGCCAUCCAGCUCAGCCAGACCCCGGGACCCGACAGCCCCAUCUUCCUGCCCAUCGACAACAAGUGGGACUGGCUGCUGGCCAAGACGUGGGUCCGGAACGCCGAGUUCUCGGUGCACGAGGCUCUCACACACCUACUGCACGCGCACCUGCUGCCUGAGGUUUUCACGAUGGCUACGCUGCGCCAGCUGCCGCAAUGCCACCCACUCUUCAAGCUGUUGGUCCCACACACUCGGUACACCUUGCAUAUAAACACUCUGGCCCGUGAGCUGCUCAUCGCCCCAGGGAAGGUGGUGGACAGGUCCACAGGCAUUGGCAUUGAGGGCUUCUCGGAGCUGAUCCAGAGGAACAUGGAACAGCUUAACUAUUCCGUCCUGUGUCUGCCCGAGGAUAUCCGGGCCCGGGGAGUCGAAGACAUCCCAAAUUACUACUACCGGGAUGACGGGCUGCAGAUCUGGGGUGCCGUGGAGAGCUUUGUCUCCGAAAUAAUCAACACCUACUACCUGAGUGAUGUGUCCGUGCGUGAUGACGGUGAACUCCAGGCCUGGGUGCGGGAGAUCUUCUCGGAGGGCUUCCUGGGCAGGAAGAGCUCAGGUAUGCCCUCCGCGCUGGAGACCCGGGAAGCCCUGGUACAGUACAUCACCAUGGUGAUUUUCAACUGCUCAGCCAAGCACUACGCCGUCAGCGCUGGGCAGUUCGACUCCUGUGUCUGGAUGCCCAACCUGCCUCCGUCCAUGCAGCUGCCACCCCCUACCUCCAAAGGCCAGACAAAGCCAGAGGGGUUUCUAGCUACCCUCCCGCCAGUCAAUGCCACGUGUGACAUUAUCAUUGCCCUCUGGUUGCUGAGCAAGGAGCCUGGAGACCAACGGCCCCUGGGCACCUACCCGGACAAGCACUUCACGGAGGAGGCCCCUCAGCAGAGCAUCGCCGCCUUCCAGAGCCGCCUGGCCCAGAUCUCGAAGGAGAUCCGGGAGCGGAACCAGGGGCUGCCACUGCCGUACACCUACCUGGACCCUCCGCUCAUCGAGAACAGCGUGUCCAUCUAAAUCCCCUGCAGAACAGGCUGCUCUGAGGCAUUGCUUAGACCCCAUCCAUCUAGGCCACCCAGACAAAAGGACUCCCCCAGAAAACCGGGACCCCAUAUGCCUCUCCCGGGACAACGAAGCCACAUGGAACUCACCCCACACACCACAAAACAGCAGAAACAAAACACCGCAGAGAACAGCACCACCGUGCCUUUUAAAGACUCCAAGGGUCAAAGUUUCCAAACGCCCCCGGCUCCCUUAAAGGGUUUUAUGACUUUGUGUUGUUUUGCAGGUUUGCAUUACAUUAUGAUGGGGCGAGGGGGACGUAAUCCUGCCCCUGACCCCGCUGACCGCCGCCAAGCGGCCCUAAUGGUCACCUGACGCAGGGCAGCCCUCUUGGCAGGUCGAAAAAUUGCCCAAAAGUUGAUAGUGACCUACGGUCCUGGCUAUAAAAAUGAACAACGCACUAAGAAGGGGCCACGAGAAGCAGGGCGGAAGGAGAAGGACACCUGUCUGGGCCGUGCCCACAUAUGCUUUCCUAAAUCUUGCUCCAAAGUUGGACGAAAAGCUUGCAUAUUAUAACGCAGUUUCCAUUUCCAGAGAAUGGGAAAAUAGUAGAGCCAUAAUAAUCAUACGUUGCCUUCCAGGUUCAAUCCUCGGUGAUUAAAUUCCAAAGCUUCGUACACAUUCUUCCCUUCUGUUUUUCUUUUUUCUUGUCCCAAAUCAAGAAGCGUCCAUUAAGGCCAAAAUGGCUCCCUUGGAAUUCACCGAAUGGUUUCCAUCUCUGCCUCAUGUUCUGGGUAUCACUGCUUUGGUUUUUGAGAUUCACUAAGGUGUAUAAAACCAUGUGGACAGAAUGUAAUAUGUAUU